GUUCAUUCGGGUACGUUUCUGCCUUUUAUAUAUUCAUGAUAUGCCUAUCCUGAGAUGAGCUUUAGAAAUCAAAGCCACAUAUUGUUCUAAUUGACACUGCAAAUAUUGAUGAGAUGCUCGGAAACGCACUACCAGAGGCGUUUCUUGCGCGGCGUCCCGUUUUAGAUGCACCGAGCGACUUCUAAGUUGAAUCGUCACCAAUCUUUUCGGCAGAGGAGGACCUAUCGCAUGUUAUGGAUGUCUCUGUCAGACUAGCCGAUUUCGGGACAGGUGACGAACUCAAGGCCUUAAUUACAUUUCCCCUUAUCAAUAAGAGUUGCAGCGAGCUGGUCCACACGUCAGAAUUGAGUGGAUACAACCUCAGCUGCUUCACGCUCCUGAAGUCAUCUUGGGGGCGGCUUGGGUGUUACAAGAUUGAUACCUGGAAUCUUGGACUCAUAAUCUGGGAACUUUCAGAAUGAGCUCUCGUGUUUGAUGAAUCAUGGUCAGCCUCGGGACCAUAUACGGCUGAAGCUCAUCUCACUUAGAUGGAAGCCAUUUUUUGCAAGAUGCCGCAGUCUGCCGUGGCGAUUUCACUGCGUUCCUCGCGUAUUGCUUGCGAAUUGAAACUUG